UGCCAUGAACAUCCUAAUCCUGUCUGCUUUGUGCCUCUGUGGGCUGGCCACACUGGCUGGCAGUGUCACAGUCCAGGAUGGAGACUUCUCCUACCCCCUGGAGUCUGUGAAGAAACUCAAGGACCUGCAGCAGAGCAGGAUGAGGAGCCAGACGGCCCAGCACUAUGGGGUCCAUUUGUGCGCCCAUCCGGACCUUCCCAAGGAUCUGAAACCCAUCUGCGCCCGCCCCGAUGCAGCCCAGGUUUUCCAGAGACUGGGAGCCAUCGCUGAGGACUCGCACACGUGUGAGAUCUGCGCCUUCGCUGCCUGUGCGGGCUGUUAUUAGAAGGGCUGCGGCUGCAUUCCGAGCUUCUGCCCUUCAGCGCUGCUUCUGCCCCACCUCGUUGCUCUCUGGGCCCAGAUGUGCCUCUUGACCGCAGUUCGCCGGAGGAGUCACGGCGAAAAGAACUUCCGUGGCCUCUCCAAUGCCCCUCUGCCCAGGAUGCCAUCCAGCUACAUACAGGCAGAGACACGGCCCUACACCCCAGGGCAGGUCUCCUUAGCGCCACCAUCUGGGAUCACUGCGGAGGCAGAGGGCAGGGUUGGGGGGACUGGAGUGGGGGAGGAGACAUGGCUCAGGUCCCGGGUGCCACAGCUUGCAACUUUGACUGACCUGCUUCCUUAAUAAAUCUACCUUCUGGAUUA